CUUAUGGAAAGCACCCCUGGCCGCCGCUCGGAGUCUUUUUGCUCAGGGCUAGCAGCCAGACGGCUUGUCAUGCUUCCCCAUUGUGUCCGGCAGCGAGCCCUUCGUAUCUAAACUCGCCUCUCCCCUAACCUCCGCGCUCUUUUCUGCUAUACUAUAUAUGCCCUUGCAGUCCCCCACUCCAUACUGCAACUACCAGCACUCAUCCACUAACUGCUAUGGCUGUCGACCCUCCCCCUGUGAAAGACGUUGAGGCCGUCCUCCUCAAGGAGCGGCCCAGGCUACGGCGCCCAGGAGAGGUCAUUUACCCCCUCGAGUAUAAUCACGAGAUGAUAUCCUUCGAUAAUUGGAACCAUAUGUUCCUCGUCAGCUGCUUUCGUGGGCUCACGAUGAGCGCUGUGCACCCUCCCCCCUCGACUGUCCUCGACCUGGGCUGUGGCGGCGGCCUGUGGGCAUUGGAAGCAGCAAAGCAAUGGCCGAAUAGCACUGUUAUAGGCUUCGACAUCAAGGACAUUCAGCCUCGACUGAACAAGUACAUCGACCCGCGGCAGGAGAACUUCUGGCAGAGAGUGACAUGGGUACAUGGGAAUCUACUGGACGGAUUACCCUUCCCACCAGACUACUUUGACUUUGUGCGCAUCGCUGGGCUCGGACUCGCCGUCCCAGAGGACGAGUGGCAGUAUGUGCUCCAGGAAGUCGCCCGCGUCAUGAAGCCCCGCGGUACUCUCGAAAUCAUCGAGGAGGACCUUAUCUUCCCAACCGGUCCAGUUCCGAAACCGCGACCACGGCCGCCGCCCAUCUCCGUUGACCUACCGCCAUCACUCGACUCAAUACCGACGACCGCAAGCUCAAAGGCGCCCUCCACCUUUUCGUCCAAAGAUAAUCCCCCAUGGGGUAUCUCUUUCGACGAUCCGCCGCCGCUGACGCUGCAGCAGCACACUAAGGCGAAGCCGAGCCUGGCGCCCGUGCACGAGAUCGUGUUCCCGCUGACGGAUGUGCCGGUAUCCUCGAUACUGCCGACGCCGCUGGCUAGGCGAUUGCAUACGCGGUCGUUGUCUUCGCAACUGGAGGACUUGGAUAUGGAUGUGGCGCCGCAUCCGCAGGACCACUCGAAGCUACUGGCUGCUUGGGAUGCGAUGCUUUCGCGUCGCUUCCUCUCCCCGCAGCUCACGACCGUCCUCCCCUUCUACCUUUCAUCCUUUUUCGACGACGUGCAGACGCACGCGCCGCUCCUCAUCAAGAUCCCUCCAAACUCUCGCGCAUUGACUGCGAAUGGUGGCCGAGGGCAUCACGAGCAUACUUCCUCCGUCGGGAGCGGAUUUGAGCCUGGGGUAUUCGCACUUUCAUCUUCCACUGGCCGACGGAGUGGCGAGACGGGUAAUUCACAACUCUCGAAGCCGCCUCCAACGACCUCGACAAGCGCUUGGGCGCCGAUGCAUCUGGCGCGGUGCGUGGCUACGGCGACGGCAUGCAAGGAAGCGAUCUGGGAAGAGUACCAGCGGAUGUACGACGACGACCUGCCCCCCGUGCUCAACGUCGUCGGCGGCCGCUCGAAAGCCUCCUCCUCGCGCGAAACCUUCGAAGCAGACUGGACGAGCUGGGAGAACGACAUGCUUGACCGCAUCGGCUCUCGCCGGCUCCUCCAGCGCGAGUUCGCGUGGUCCGAGCCCGAGACUGAGCGCCCCGAGUGGCGCGUGUGGCGCUCGAACCUCGAUAUCAAGGCCGCGUCGUCGGGUGCUGCAGCAUCGCAGGCGAAUACGGAGCUCUGCCGCAGCAUGCGCGGGUUCGUGGCGAUCAAGCCCGCCGUGCCGUCGACGCCGCUGCAGAGCAAGCUGUCAUCGGGGCAGAAAGAUGGCAAGCCCGGCAGCUCGUCGAAUUCGACGAAGUCGGCGGAGUCGUCGGGGUCGGGAUCGGGGUCGGCGAGGUCGAGCAAGUUAGGGAGCUUGUCGAAGGGGUCGGGGAAGCCGGGUAAUCUGUCGAUCCCGGCGAAGGUGGCGAGUGCCGUAACGUCGAAGGGGUCGACCAACGGAUCGAGCACUCCCGAUACGCCCCGUCCGUCGAAUGUGGCGAGUACACAAAGGCCGGCAAGUGCGUCUACGUUGUCGAAGGCGACCACGUCGGCUGCAUCUACUGUCAAUUCAACCAAACCAACACCAAGAUCUCACUCUCCCGAAACGCCACGGCCACAAUCCAAAACACCCGAACAUCCCAAGCCUGCGCGCUCCCCGACGCCAAACAAGUCUGCGCGCGCGCCAACACCGUCGCGGGCGGUCAGCUCGCCUAGUUUGCUCCGGGUAGCGAACGCGACUGUAUCGAAAGCAGCAAAUGCUUCCAAAGCAGCGGCUGCGUCAAGCGCGGCAAAAACCACGACUGCGUCUUCCGCCGGGAAAGCUCCGCCUACUCCUUCUAAAGCACCAGCAACUCCAGCGAAGCCGGGAACUUCGUCUACCGCAGCAAAGCCAACGGCAGCGAGAACGGCAUCCUCACCGAUACCAUCUACACCAGCGAAGCCGGCGGCUGCGUCCAGCACGCCUAAGCCCACAUCCGGUACUGCCUCUAAUCCGCCGAAACCGGCCAAUUCGACCACACACGCAUCGGAACCGCCGAAGUCUGCACCUUCGCCUACACCGCGGAGGCCCUCACCGAUUCCGGGGAAGGCUCCGGCACCCCCACCAAAGUCCCCGUCGAAGCAGCCUAGCCAGUCUAAGCUGGCGACGCCGCAUCGAUGAGCGUCUGGCAUGUUUUCUUGCAUUCAUCCUCUACCACCAUGCAUCAUCUACAUGCUCCAUCUUGGUUAGACUCGACACUACCUUACAUGCCUGGUGUCCUAGCACGCCAUUCCUCAUCCAUCUUAUCCUCAUCCUCAUCCUCGUCUCUCAUCCAUCCAUCUUCCCUACACUAUGUACAAAGCUGCACAUACAUCGUGGCCAGGUGUGUGUCAGUCCGCAUUUCCGCGCGGCGCGGACCACUGUCGGCCUAUUAGUAUUCGCACCCAUUCUCUGGACCUCAGUCACUCUUGUCUCUUGUGGAUAUUAGCUGAUCUUGUAGAUAUCUCAUAUCAUCUCUUCCGUCUCGCCUGUCGUACUGCUGAUCGCACACGCAUGUAUAACCAUCGUCCGGAACUAUUUAAGAUACCUACAUCGCAUACGCCCUAUGCAAUGCAUGUCGAAUACCUACCGCCAAUCGUAUUUGGAUGUUGACUUGGAUCGUAUACAUGCCGU